AUGUUGUGCUUUGUGACAUCGGUAGAGGAAGAUGAAUGCUUUCAGGAAAAGACUAACAUCGCUCAUCAACAGUUGAUGAAAUGGAAGGACAAGUUCUUUUUCCCCAUGUCCAAAGAGAUGUCAAGGAUUUUGAGACAUGAGAAGGACUCUACUCUCUUUGACAGCAGAGGAACCAUGGAGAUUUUUGAACUCUUCAAAAGGAGGCUCCACUCAGUGGAGGAACCUGGAGGAGGCUCCACCUCAGUGGUGGAACCUCAAGAAGACACAUCAGCAGAUGCAGCUGAUGCUCAAAGGGAUGACACCUCGCAACCCUGGUAUGCAGGAUGUGAACCUGGAGGAGGCCCUGCCUCAGCAGAGGUACCUCAGGCAGAACCAGAAGAGGAUCCAAGCAGAAUUCCGGAAGAUGACACUAUGGAUCCUCAAGUAGUUGCAGAUUGGGAGCGAGAUCAUGGACCAGCAGAAGAUGAAUAUCUCACAGAUCAUGCAACUGGAAGUUUUUCUGCUACCUAUCCAUGGAUGCUCUACCACACUGGAGUGUUCUGUGCCAGACUCGAGUAUGGCAGUAUCGACAGGAACAAGGUAGGUGAGAAGAUCAAGCAUGUUCCAAAAGAGCGUCUUCAAGAUGAUGAAUUACCUGAAUACAAUGAAGACGAGCAUAUGCAAGAGGAAGAGACUGAAGAUGUUCCAGUCGAAGAAGAACCAGCAGGAGAUGAAUUUAAAGGAGUUCCAGUUGAAGAGGAACCUGCUGAUGAAACGAUGGAAGCAAUGUUGGAUGUACUCAAGGUUGAAGAAGAGCCUGAGGAAUCCAGUCAACAGAAGGAUGAAGAAGAACCUAAUCGUGAAGAAGUUCCAGACCCGAUCUUGUAUCCUAAGGUUUCAGUCAAGAUCAGAAAGGAGGAGCCUGGAGUGCCAGAUGACAAGACUUCAGGACCUGCAACUCCUCCUGCAGAAGGUGCAUGCUCUCCCUCAGGAGACGACCCAAAAGCUCCUGCUGAUGAGGAAUUCAAGGAGUUACCUGAAAAUGUGGAGAAUCGUCAAGUUUUCCAAUUGGAGGGAGAUGAUGACUUUUUGAUCGACAUUACAAGUGGAUUACUGAGUGCAAUGUUACCACACGUCAACGUUUCUUCAAGAACCUGA